AUGAGUUCUUUCACACUUCCCUCCACUGAGGACCGAACGGUUACUGUCCUCGGUGGCGGUGUCCUUGGACGCCGUAUCGCUUGUGGAUGGGCAGCAAGCGGCUACGAUGUUAUCAUCCGCGACCCUAGCCCCGAGCAAAGAACCGCAGCUUUAGAUUACUGCACUACCAGCAUGUCAAAGUACUCCGACUCCCCUGUCCGGGGCUCAGUGAAAGCCACUGAAGACCUUUCCGAAGCUGUCGCAAAAGCCUGGCUCGUCAUCGAAGCCGUCCCUGAGAAGCUCCCACUAAAGAUCUCGACUUUUGCAGACUUGGAGAAACUCACGGCCGAAGAUACCAUUCUUGCCAGUAACUCUUCCUCUUACAAGUCGCGAGAGAUGCUUGGAGAUCUCAAGCCAGAAACACGACGUCGGGUUCUGAACAUGCAUUAUUACAUGCCCCCUGAGUGUCUCGCCGUUGAGCUCAUGACCGAUGGCGAGACACACGAGAGCAUCUUCCCGUUCUUGGUAGAGAAGCUCGAAGAGGUCAAGUUUCAUCCAUACGUUGCACAGAAGGAGUCGACUGGCUUCAUCUACAACCGCCUGUGGGCUGCUAUCAAGCGUGAAGUCUUGACCAUCCUUGCCGAAGGCGUUUCUACUCCCGAGCAGAUUGAAAAGCUCUGGAAGGAGAUGUGGUAUGGUCAGGAGAAGGGUCCUGUCGCUAUGAUGGACAGAGUUGGUCUUGAUACUGUAUCUUUUAUCGAGCAGCACUACAUCGCUGAGCGUGGUCUACCUAAUACCCCAGUUGACUUUCUCCAAAAGUAUAUCGAUGAAGGUAAACUUGGAGAGAAGUCAAAGAAAGGUGGACUACUGCCACCAAAGCAGCAAUCCGAGCCAGGAAGUGAGACUAAGCUCUACUUUCUAGACAUUGGACUGUCUGGUAACUCCUCCACUGGUGGCAGCAUCCUGGUCGGUACCAAUGAUGGCAAGCCUCUUACCACACUUGUCUCACAUCAGAGCAUGCCCGAUGGAAUCGAUAUUUCCAAUACUGCUAAAAAGCUGUUUUGGACCAACAUGGGCAAGAGCCCUUCGCAAAACGACGGAGCUGUGCUUAGCUGCAACCUUGACGGAUCUAACGUCCAGGAGAUCAUCCCUCAAGGCUCCGUCCACACGCCGAAGCAGUUGAUAGUCGAUGAGAAGAACUCAAAGCUUUACUUUUCCGACCGCGAGGGCCUUAGAGUCAUGAGAAGCAACUUCGACGGCUCUGAUCUUGAAGUUCUGGUUCAGACAGGUGAUUACCAAAAUGAGCAGCACAAGUCCGACCCAACGCGUUGGUGCGUUGGUGUCACAGUCUCGCCCUCCACUGGAAAAUUCUACUGGACACAGAAGGGUCCUUCCAAGGCAGGCAAGGGCCGCAUUUUCCGAGCCAACAUCGACUUCAAGUCUGGCGAAGACGCCAAGAGCAGAACAGACAUUGAGCUUGUGUUCCAAAGCCUACCGGAGCCAAUUGACUUGGAGAUCGAUGAAGCUGAGAACACACUUUACUGGACGGAUCGCGGUGAAAUACCAUAUGGUAAUACUAUUAACCGCGCAAAGGUUAAUGCCUUUGUGAAAAGUGAUGGAGCGAGCCAGCCGGGCAAGGAUUACGAGAUUCUCUCUCGAGGAUUGCACGAGGCUAUCGGCAUCAAACUGGACUCUAAGAACGGCCGCAUCUUCGCGACAGAUUUGGGAGGUGCAGUGUAUCAGUUGGAUAUGGACGGUGGAAACAAGAAGAAGGUUUACGAAGGAGCAGGUACUUAUACUGGUAUCACUCUUGCAGAUGCAUAG